CAUUCCUUCUUUCAAUUCUCUCCCUCUCUUCAUAAACCUUUGUUUCAUUUCCACUCUUAAAAAAAAUCAAACAUAAUACUCUUUUAGUUUUCACCUUAUUUUGAAUUUUGAAACAUCCUAGUACUUAAGACACAAACAUCAAUCAUGGCUGCAAUUAUGUACCAUCCUGGAUUACAAACACAUCUUGAAUCUCAACUUGUUGAAUCAAGAACACUAAUGCUAAUGUUACCUUCUCCAAAACAAUCCAUUGAUUUAGCCUUCAAAUCCUGUUUCCAUGAUUCAAACAUGUUCAAAACUAAUCAUCAUGAAGAAAACAUCAACAAGACAGAAACUUAUCAAAACAAGCCCAACAAUGGUGGUUGGAAUUUCCUUGAUUCUCUUUCCAAUAUCUCACAAAACACAUCAAAAAAAGAAACCACCACUACCUAUAUGCUUUCUCAACAGAAACGUUCCUCUUUGGUUUUAAGUCCAAAGAGUCUUGAAUUGUGCACAGAGAAUCUUGGUAGCGAGAGUGGUACUGACAUUGUAGAAAAUGACAUGUUGUUGUCUUCAUUGGGAACAAUGGAGCAAAGAGAACCUUGUCGUCGAGUUUUAGUAGCUACUAAAAAAGUAAAAACUCAGAAUUUUCCACCACCUUUGACAACGAUAAGAGGAUCGGAAUCUCUUCGUGUUAGGCCCCGCCGUGAAGAUGGAAGGUUAGUGAUUGAAGUAGCUAAGGUCCCACCAAGUACUUCUUGCUUUCAAGCCGAUAGAAGCAAUGGCCGUCUUCGCCUCUGUUUUUCGACAAAUCAAACUACAAGUUUUGAACCAGAAGAAGAUGUUGAUGAUGUUAUAGAUGAAAAUGAAGAACCACAUAAUGAAGAAGAAUAUUCUCAAAAUGAAAUGAUUGGUGGAGAAAUACAAGAUGCUGAAACAGAGGAGAAAACAGAGGAGGAUAAAGGUGUUGUUACACUUACAUGUGAGUGUGAGGAGAUGAAUGUGAGAAUGGAAAAGUAUGAGAGUAUAUUAUAGAAGAUGCAAAGAAUGUGGUGAAAACAAUGAACUUCUUUAGAAUUAUGAUAUUUUUGAAUCUAUUUAUCAAUGUUUUUGUAGAUUGUACUUGUUUUGUUUAAUGAA